AUGACGUCGUCGGGAGGCGGCGAAGGGAACCUCCGGGAGACGGCGCGGCGCGCGCUCGGCAUCGACGAGGGCCCCGACGCCGGCGCGAGCGACGAUCCCGCCCAGCCCCGCACCUUCGACUCGGCCAUGCGCCGGGUGUACGGCCCGGUGAUGGCCCUGCGCGCGGUGACCACGGACGCCUUCCACGCGCGCGUGCAGCAGGACCCCGCGGCGUCCCGCGAGUCGGCGCAGGUCGCCAAGCUCAUGUCGUCCCCCGCGUUCCGCCACCUCGAGAGCCACAUCGUCGCCGCGGCGCUCCGGGAGACGGACGCGGUCGUGGACGACAUCCAGACCAUCCUCGACGACCCGCGCGUCUCGUGCGUGGACCUCGGCGGCGCGAAGGUCCGCGGGCGCACCGUGGGCCGCAAGCGCGACCUGAUCGGGGGCUCCAAGGAGAUCGCGCAGGCGCUGCACAUGCGGCACCCGAACCAGACGCUCCGCAGCGGGCGCGUGCAGGGCCUGGGCGGGCUGGUCGACGUGCCCGGCCGCGGGGAGCGCACCGUCGCGGUGAUGAUGCACCCUGAGUCGGCGGGGUGUGUCCUGGACAGGCUGGAGGUGUGUGGGUCGCAGGGGGAGGGGGUGUUCGUGCACGGGGCGCUGAACGUGACGCUGCGGGACUGCGAGGUCUGCGGGAGCGAUCGGAACGGCCUCGUGUGCACGGGGGGGUCGAACACGCGCGUCGCGGGGGGGCGCAUUCACGGCAGCGGGGCGCACGGCGUGUGGGCGAGCGACGUCGGCACGCGGGUCGAGAUGGACGGCGUGUCGUGCUCGCAGAACCGCGGGAACGGCGUCGUGUCGACCGCGAGCGCGACGGUGUCCCUGGAGGGCGGCGCGGCGUGCGACAACCACAAGUGCGGCGUCUGGGCGUUCCACAGCGGGUCGAUAGCGAGCAAGAGCUGCCGCAUGGAGGGCAACGAGGAGGGGCAGUGGUCGAGCAUCGGCGGAGCUGUCGUGGUGGACGGGACGCAGGUGGCACUGGGGCGCGGCCAGGGGGGGCUCGAGGCGGACGGCAACGUGGAGCCGUGA